UUCGCAUCUCUCUUACGCACUUAAGAGCGGUGAUCUCCCCGAUUAACUUAUCCCCCCCCCAAGACGGAGGCAUGGCUGCUGCAUAAGUGGCAGCGGGGCCAGCCGGGACAGCGACAAAUGCCUGUUUUACAUGUCAUCAACCGGGACACUUGGCCCGAGAUUGCCCCCAUCGUGCCAUGCAGCCCCGAGUCGGGAUCGCGCCUGCUGCGGCAGCUCCCAUAGCUAACGGCCCAGGACGUGUAGGAGCUGUGAUGGAUGAUCAGGGGGGAAGUACGGGAAUGAUGAUUUCCAAUGAGGAAGCAGCUGAGCUUAUCCCGCUGGAGCAGUACGUAUCACUAGGAUACCCGGGGCUGGGAAUGAUUGGGACAAUUCGACCGGAACUCGAGUCCAGGGAUGUCGCAGAAUGGCGGCCUUCGUCGAGCGAAAUGGAGACGGGAGGCCCUACCUUUGUUACAGGAGAAAUCGAUGUCCUUGAGGUUACUCGAGCACUGGAUCAUCGAAUCCCUCUCUCAAUCGGCCACCUACUCUCCAUCUCGGAACAGACGAACGAACGCAUGAUGCAGCAUUGCAAAGCGAACUGGAAGCGAUUCGCUCUUGCCCGCGCAAAAGAAGAGAAGGCGAAGGCGCCGCCUUCGGAGGAAAAGGCGGACGUCGCCCCUGAUCCCAUCCAAGUCGGAUUAAUACAGAAAGGUGACCACUUUCUUCGGAUCAAGCCGAUUCCGUGGAAGUCAGCCGAAUGUGAUAUUGAAGUCUGGGGAAUGCCGUAUAGUGAGAUCAUAGAUUCGGGAGCGGCUGUCCUAGCGAUAUCACUUCGAGUAGUUGAGAGAGCGGAUAGGAAGAAUGAUUUGAUUAUGCUAACCGAGAAGGACCAGCUCGUAUCGGCUGACGAAGAAAAGAUCAAGACAGUAGGACGUAUGACGAAUGUCGCAUUCCGAUUGGGAAAAGUGCAUGCUUUAGGAGAUGUUGUGGUGCUGGACGUGAAUGCGUAUGACGUUCUGUUCGGGCUUCCUGCAUUAGUGGCGCUGCGUGCUAAUUUGGACUUCGAACGCCGAUCCGUCAUUCUCCGGAAUACCGGGGGAAAGUCGUAUGUAAUAUCCAUGAGACUAACUCUUCGAACGACGGUUAAGCCCCUUCAUUGGGAUGACGAGUGCGACCAGGCCUUCGGGGGCCUGAAGGAUGCUCUCGUCACGGCCCCGAUUCUGAUCCGAUCGGACCCCUCUCGGCAGUUUAUUCUCAUCACCGACUGGCAGCCGGAGGCUAUUUCGGUCAUCCUGGCGCAGAAGGGAAACGAUGGGAAGGAGCAUGUCAUUGAGUACGCUUCUCGGACGGUGCCAGACGAGCGACGAAAUGAUUCCGCGCCACAAGGAGAAUGCUAUGCGGUAGUGUGGGGUAUCCAACACUUCCAUCCGUAUUUCUACGGUCAGAAGUUUCUACUCGUCACCGACCAUGAACCUCUGUUGGCUCUGAAAAAGCUAACCAACUACACGGGCAUGAUCGGACGGUGGGCGGUGCGGUUGCAAGAAUAUGAAUUCGACAUUGUUCAUCGAAAAACGGAAAAACACGGCAACGCUGACGGACUGACACGUUUGCACCGACCCGUGCGUCCAGGCUGUCGAAGGCUUCUCACCCAGGAGCUUACGGUCCCAAUUGCGCAGCUGGCCGACCAUCUUGACGUCAGCAUUGUCUCCCAGGUCGACCCGCGCUUGGUACCCCACGUCACCUCGCGCACGCAGUCGCCGUAUCUUCAGUGGUCAGCUUGCGUGGAGGACUUCCCAUCGAAAAUUCCGCCUUCACGGUUGGAUUAUUUGGAUCCGCGCGACAUCGUGGAUCUCGCUUUCUAUAGACCGCCGUACGAGGACGAAGUGGAGGUCCGGAAGGAGAUAAUCCACAAGGAGCUCGCGGAAGAAAGUUCGGAGGAAGAGGAGGAGGAUCUGAACGAAGACGAAGGGGAGCCGGCACAGCAACAAGAAGGAGACGAAGACGAGCUCCUGCAAACGGAGAGCGAAGAAGAAGCGGAAGAAGAAGACAGCGAGCAGGGGAGCGGUGAUGACAACGACGAGGAGCAGGCCAACGAGGAUCCCCAGCUAGAAAUUGCGCCGGUUGCUGAUCUUCCAAUCAGCAACGAUCCAAUGCUCGACCCGGAGCCACCUCAGCCAGACGACGGCCAUGUGGCCCAAGUGGCUGGGUCGUCCGCUCGCCGGCCUCCUUCCCCACCGUGACGCCGCCAACGAAGCCGCUCCCUCUCCGCCUCCCUCUCCCUCGCAGCCCGUCCCCCACUUCGAGC